AUGUUGGUGAUAAGGGCCAAUAGCAAAUUUGGCUCACAAGACGCGGGCAUCAAGCCACAACGUGCCGAUCAUACCUCUUUCUCCAACCUUUACCUCUACCAUUUUGUCAUUAUAGGCCGAGAUAGUGAGACGCUAGAUGCUGCCUGGAAGCGCGCCGACGCAGAUACAGCUUUGCGCCGUGCACUUCGGGGCCCAGGGGGCCUUAGCCAAGAGGAAUUUGAUAAGAGAUCAGAAGAGCUUCGGAGUGUGCAUAUUGUCACUGACGAGGAACUGAAGGAGCACCGUAUGAAAAAGGUCAAAAUGGUGCAGCAGAUGUGUAGCGGGCCUGAUGUGACUGAGGAAGACAAGAUAGAGAUUUGGGAGAUGUUUGGAUUUAAAUAUAACGAGCGGAUGAUGCUAGCGACGAAAACCUUGUCCGAGAAGAUGGAUAGCGGGCCUGAUGUGACUGAGGAAGAGAAGACAGCUAUCUGGUCUUCAUUUGGACUUUCUGAGCAAGAUCGGUUGAGGAUGUUUGAACCAUCAACGCGGGACUGA